AUGGUGCGUGGUCGCCAUCUUGGGUGUGUCAGCCAAUGGCGUGUGGCGGCCGCACCGCGGGUCCCCGUGGCGCAGCCGCCAUCUUGGAGGCCGGCCGGGAAGAAGCGGGUCCAGGGAAAAGGAGCCAAGGGAGGAGGGAGGAAGGACCCGGGGGUGCCGCAGCUGCGCCGCUUCGCUGCUCACGUCCAGCGGCAGAACGAGAGCAAGCGGGCACGGGCAGCGGAGGCGCGGGAGCGGCGGGAGGCGGCGCGGGAGGCGGAGCGGAGCCGGCGGCGGAGCCUGGAGGGGCUGCGCUUGGAGGCGCUGCGGCGGCAGCGGGAGUUCGAGAGCAGGGAGGUGCGGAGCGAGCAGAAGGAUGUGGAGGAGGAGGCGUCGCUGCGGCAGCACGGGAGGGAGCUGCGGGAGGUGCUGGCAGCAUCCGAUGUGGUGCUGGAGGUGCUGGAUGCCCGGGACCCCCAGGGCUGCCGCAGCCCCCGGCUCGAAGCCGCCGUCCGGAGCUCGGGGCCCCGGCAGCGCCUGGUGCUGGUGCUCAACAAGAUCGACCUGGUGCCGCGGGACGUGGUGGCCGCGUGGCUGAAGCACCUCCGCGCCGAGCUCCCCACCGUGGCCUUCAAGGCGUGCACGCAGCAGCAGAGCCGUAACCUGAAGCAGAGCCGGGUACCGGUGGCGAUGGCCCCCGAGGAGGUGCUGGCCGGGGGAGCGUGUGUGGGGGCCGAGUGUUUGCUCCGGGUCCUGGCCAACUACAGCCGGUGGGAGGUGAAAACAAGCAUCACCGUGGGGGUCGUGGGGUACCCCAAUGUGGGUAAGAGCAGUCUCAUCAACAGCCUGAAGCGGAGCCGGGCUUGUGGGGUGGGAGCAACCCCGGGGGUCACGAGGUGCUUGCAGGCCGUGCAGCUGGACCGGCACAUCCAGCUCCUGGACUGCCCCGGUGUUGUCAUGGAGACGGGGGCCCCCCCCGCCGCUGCCCCACUGCGGGGGGCUCUGGCCCCACAGCGCCUCCGGGACCCCCUGACCCCCGCCGCUGCCAUCCUGCGCCGCUGCCCCCCCCAGCAGCUGAGCGAACUCUAUGGGGUCCCCCCCUGCGAUGACCCCCGGCAGUUCCUGUCCCAUCUGGCCCGGAGGCAGGGCCGGCUCCGGCCAGGGGGGCUCCCGGACCCCCAUGCUGCUGCUGUGGCCCUGCUGCGAGACUGGACCAGUGGCAAGAUCUCCUACUACACCCACCCCCCCACCCAAGGGGUGCAUUUGGAAGCCCAAAUCCUGACAGCGCUGGGGCCAGCGCUGGACCUGGAAGCGCUGGAGAAGGGUGAUGCCGAGGCGCUGGCGGCGGUACCAGUGUCUGUGGCAGGCAUUGGCCUGGCUCCAUGUGUGCCUGAGGAGGAAGAGGAGAUGAAGUCCAAUGGGGAUGAAGCAGCAGCCAUGGAGGAGGAUGUGGGCGACCUGGAGGUAUGGAGGGGGUCUGUGAGGAAGCGCUUCAGAGGCUCCUUACGGGACGUGGGGCACCACAAGCGCUUUAAGUCGCCAUUACUGAGGUGA